GUGGCUAUCACAGGAGGCAUAUAUUGAAUUAAUGAUAGAUGUGCAAAUUAAAUAUGUAGCUUGUAGGAAAAAGGUCACCCUCUCUGAAGUGGUCUGUCUGAUAUGGGCGUGUAUAUAAAGCCUGUUCAGAUCGGAGCUGAGUUGUAUCCACCCAGGAGUGCUGUGUGUGCGUACUGGAAAGAUCAUGAGGCGUCUUGUUGCAUUUUUGGUCUAUGUGGUGCUCGCAGAGGGAAUUGUCAAGAUCCCUCUGACGAAGCACAAGUCUAUGCGUCAGGCAUUGAGGGAGAAAGGGAUUGAGCUGCCUUACCAGGAUCCAGCUCUCAAAUACCGCACCAAUGAGUUCGCCAGCUCUGCCAACAUGUACAUCAAUAACUAUGCUGAUACCACUUACUACGGAGCUAUCAGCAUCGGAACACCUCCCCAAUCCUUCCAGGUGCUGUUUGAUACCGGCUCUGCCAACCUAUGGGUGGACUCCAUCUACUGUAACACUCAGGCCUGCAACACACACAAAAAGUUCAACCCCAAGCAGUCCUCCACCUACAGUGCAAAGGGACAGUCCUUCUACCUGCCCUACGGAGCUGGAAGCCUUUACGGAGUGUUUGGAUAUGACACUGUCAAUGUUGGAGGCAUUGUGAUCCCUAACCAGGAGAUUGGUCUGAGCACAAACGAGCCAGGUGAGAACUUUGUGGUGGCCCAGUUUGACGGCAUUCUUGGCCUGUCCUACCCAAGCAUCUCAGCUGGAGGAGAGAUUCCUGUCAUGGACAACAUGAUUUCUCAGAACCUGCUGGAUGCCAACAUAUUCGCUUUCUACCUUUCCAGGGGAGGACAGCAGGGCAGUGUGCUGUCCUUUGGAGAUGUGGACAGCAGCUUAUAUCAGAGCCAGAUCUACUGGACCCCUGUUACCGCUGAGACCUACUGGCAGAUUGGCAUUCAAGGAUUCCAGAUCAAUAGUCAAGAGACUGGCUGGUGCUCUGAGGGCUGUCAGUCCAUUGUGGACACUGGAACCUCCAUGCUGACAGCCCCGGGCCAGCUUCUAGGUAACCUCAUGCAAGCCAUUGGAGCCCAACAGAACGAGUAUGGAAAGUAUAUGGUGGACUGCAACCAGGUCAACAACUUGCCUACUCUCAGCUUUGUCAUCAGCGGUGUUGCCCUUCCUCUGCCUCCUUCUGCUUAUGUUGUUCAGUCCUAUCAGAAUGGAUACCAGUACUGUUCAGUGGACAUCACCCCCACCUACCUGCCCUCUCAAAAUGGACAACCCCUGUGGAUCUUUGGAGAUGUGUUCCUCAGGGAGUACUAUUCCAUCUAUGAUCGCACCAACAACCGCAUUGGAUUUGCUGUAGCUGUCUAAGUGUCAUCAGUGUAACCUAACAUGACCAUAAACCUGAUCAGAUAAUAGUGAUUAAGUUCAUGUGCACUCAAACACUGCUAAGAGCCUGACACUUGGUUCAUCUCAAACAUCUGCCCUGGGGUUGUUUUAAACAAUCAGUUUGGACAAUGGGAGUUGAGUUUUGCUCAAUAUAUUUGUGACUGAACAAACAUGGCUUUUACAUCUUCAAAUUGGUAUCUACAGAUCUAGUUGGAUUUGUAAAUUCAAAGCAGAAAAAUGUAAGAUGUGUCCACGAAACUGCAUCAUUCUCGAGCAAAAUA